AUGUCGCAACCCCAGCCAUCCGUAUGGCUCAUACUCCCAUGCAUGCUCCUCUCCCUCAUCAUCACCCGCUUCCUCACCAUACUCUUCACUUCGCACAAUGAGCGCGGCCUAAGCAUAGUCGCCAAAGCAGCGCUCAUAUUCGUCGCAACACUCGUUCUCACUACCACGGCUGCGACUUCUCUGCUUCAAUCUUCAUCUGAGGACCCACAGCCGACACUAUCGCACACCAGGAACGUUCUGCGCAAGAAACGUAAUGUCUCAUCCAUGCGCGAAGAGCGCAUUCAGGCAUGGCGCGUCAACACUGCGCCGACUCUUCAUUGGAGUUCUUCCUCGUCUGAUGAAGAUGUGAAGACAGUGAGGCCGAAGCUUGUUAAGGAGAAGAAUGAGAGGCGGAAUGAGAAGUCGCUGAGGAAGCGGUUGAUGACGAAGUUCAAACCGAAGAGGAAGGAGAUGCUUGGGGGUAGGAAAGAGACCAUUGAGGAGGUUGUGAGGGAAGAUCCUUGGGCUUAG